AUGCAGAUCGAACUCAAGUGCGGCCACAUCAAGCGCAUCGUGGAGGCGUGGUGCGAGGACUACUGCAAGACAGAAAUACGAUGCCCUCCUAACAUUGUCCACUGGGAAUAUCGGGUCGAUAGCGUAUGUAGGGGCUGCCGACCACCCAAGCCCCUGCCCCCUCAGUGGGAAGCGAUGAUUAGACGCGACAGAACUAGCCUUCGUCUACGCCAAGGCGAGGGUGGGAUGGCGCACAACGAUCGACUAGUAGAAGAGGCUUAG